AUGUCAAAACUCAUCGACACCAACAAGCCGGAAUCGCGAAACUGGCUUAAAGAGUGGCGAGCUGUGUGCAUCACAAGACAAGCCCUUCUGCCACCUGUCAGUGCAGAGGCCGCCCAGUUGCAUGGGGACAUUUUGAACAAAACAAAGGUUCCAGCAUGCACCACAUGCUCUUUCAGAGAUGUACAAAACAGAAAUGCGAGUUGCCAAUAUCAUGUCGUUUUAAGAAAUGAAUUAGUCAACGAGCACGCGUAUGGACAGAAAAAUGGCAUAGGUGCACUAACCAAAGCAGAAAACUGGGCUCACUCACCAUGGGAGAUCGCCAAGGUGUUCAUGCCACCAGCUGGGUACGAGAACAAAACCACAAUUGAAGAAACGGAUUUCAAUGGCAUUGCUGCCUUCAUCAUUAACUGCACGCGUUUCCAAGGGAAAAUCACAGACGCUGUCUGUAAAAAGGCUCGAGAAGUGGUCAACCGCAUUAGGCACAUGCCGGACAUUUCUUCGACCGCCUUGACUGACCAGGCCACAACCGAAUGUAUAGAUAACCUGUACGCUCUACUGAAUGAGCCAGGGCUGAACACUCUGCCAGAGGCGAUACAGGCACAGGCAGAAUUGGACGUGGUAAUCUUUAAUACAGUAUCACUUCAUUUUUAA